AUGAUAGAUCUCAGUAGCCUGCUAAAGGCGGAAAUAGCUAGAAAACAACAGGAUAUUCAAAAAACCCUGGAUGGGGACUCAGUAGGGCCUGAAAAAAUGCUCGAAAAGGUACCCAAAAAUUUUGGAAAAGAAUCGGAAGAGAAAGAUAGCAGUCUCGCGAAUGAUCUAAAGGUCUCCCGUCACACAGAAGUCGAAUCUGAAAAACCUUUUAGCCACAAAACGGGUACAAGCUUCGAUAUAUCAGAGCAGGAAAAGCUGCAAACUCGACACGAACGCAUCUCUUUUAUCCGCCAAGCUGAACAAAACUUGGACACAAAGAUCUCAGUAGAAUCCAUUGGAGUAAAAGACCAGCAGCAACACAUCUCCAUCCAAUGCAACCUAUACAUCCACUUUUUACUGCGCCAGUGGCAAGAAAAUGGCUACAAGCCGGAUUUACUACUGGAGACGAGGAAAUCACUCUACCCACUUCUGGUAAAGCUGCGAAAGCGGCAGCUACCAUCGGAAUUUUUGACAUCCAUUUCCACAAUAAUAUAUUACAUACAGCAGGACCAAUUUUCUCUUGCUAUACAGUCCUAUAUGAAGCUGAGCAUCGGGAAUGUUGCUUGGCCCAUUGGUGUAACAUCCAUUGGUAUCCACGCCAGAAGCGCUCAUGAGAGAAUCCAGGGAAACGACAAGAUUGCUAAUGUGAUGCUAGAUGAAACGACCCGUUUGUGGAUCACUAGUGUCAAAAGGCUAAUAUCAUUUACCCAGGCUCUGAGUCGUAAGAAGUCACAGCGUCAGGAUGAGUGA